AUGUCUUUCGGCAGACAUGCCUAUCGGCAUGCUCUAAAGCCACCAGCUACUGCGACACUUGACCAUCCCUGGAUCAGCGAUGACCUACUCGCAGCCACGUUUCGUCACUUUGCCAACGGUCAACGGCGCCAUGGGAGCUGUGUUCCCGGACCACUGGAAGCACGACGGCGCCUAGCAAAGCGAAGAAAUACUGUCCUAGCAAGCAUAGGGGGAGGUCCGGCUGAAGAUAUCGCGUGUCUGUUUGGCCGCAAUGGGAGGGAACACAUAAAAUGGUCCGACCAUCCGUGGCAGAGAGCGCCAUUCGAAACCCAGAGCUUCGCUGAUCAUUCUUUGUGUCCUCCUGAAGUAGGGUUUUCUUUCUACAACCAGAACCCGGAGGCUGGACCCGAACACAGUGAAGUUCAUACUACUCAUGCUCCUCCUUCCUUCCUCUCCAAGGCGAACCAAGUCACACGUGAGAAAAUUCUAGAGGAGUUCUUGGAUGGAAACAAUUGGGGUAUUGAAGAUGCAAGGGACUUCACUCGUCGGUUGAGAAUUGACCUCCACCGGGAACCGCGAUACAGCCGGCAGAUAUUCGAGCGGUUACUUGCUCGUUCAGACCCAGAUCUCAUAGAAGCAAUUGCGUUCUUGGACGACCCAUUCCUGAAUACCCGGGGAUCGGGAAAUUACGCUGCUGCUGUCGAAGUCUUUGUUCGAAGAAAAACAAAACGCGGCAAACGAACCGCUGUUUUGAAUGCGAUUAAUCGGGCAUUGGAGCUGGGGUUGAUUUCAACUGAUGAGAUCUGUCUGAUCAUUACCGCUUUACCGAACAUUCUCGUCGAACGAAACAAGACUCUGGGAUCAUGGGACCACAAGGCUUUGUUGAAGCACUACCGGGCAAUGUGGAAAGCUAUUGGGUGCUGUCACAUUCUCGGAUAUCACGAUCUGGAUAAAAGCAUUCUUGACGCUUGGCUUGGAGAGCUCCUGCGCCUCCGCAGCUUUCGUUUUGCAGAGGAACUCAUCAUCGAAACCCAUAAUGCAGAUAGUCGCAGCCAGUGGCCUUCCACCUUGGUUCAAGCCUGGCUAGAAACUAUGGAAGCCGAUUUGGAGACAAGCUUGCCGUUUCCCGAUAAAAUCUUCAGCCAGCUUGAUGUUGACAGUGCGGCGGACUGUGUCAUUCGUGUAACAGAGGCAUUGGCAUCGUCUUCAGCAGACAGGGUCUCCAGAAACCAAUUGCUUGAAAGAUGGCGGGAUUGCCUCUCAAAUGCGGAAGUCAUUUCGACCGUUGCAAAGUCGCAGGUUUGGUUCGAUUUUCCUCUCCCGUGCGUUCAAACACAGAUCAAGCAUGCCCCUCUAAGCCAUUCGACUCAACGCCAAAUCAUUUUGCGACUCUGGCUUCUACGAACGCUUGGUCGAUCGACUGGGCCCAUGUACAACCAGAAGGCAAGAGUAACAGAUCGACCGAUUUACUCGCUGCUUAAUCUCUACGAAACGGUGAUCCAAUAUACCAGUGGAGCUUUCUUUCCGGACUUCAUGCGGGAAAUCCAUGGCCUCGAUCUUCCAUACAACAGCCUUCUGCUCUUAGCCGUCAACAAAAAGGGCAAAACUUCCAUUACCAAAACAACCCGCAAAACACUUGAACAACUGGAAACCUCCAAGCUCUCCCUAGCAGAAGUGUGGACAAACCCAUCCAUAUACAAGGGAAUACGAAGACUUUUCCACACCACAUUCGACCAAAUGUUUCAUCGCAUGAACCUCACCAGCCCAGACACAGUUGAACAAAUCUUGAACGUUGUUCGAUCAGGGGACUCAAAGAACAUCUGGCCCAUCCUCAGACUUCUGAACAACAACACCCCUUUCAAGAUCAGCCUCCACAAAGCCUGGCAGCCCAUUCCACACCCCAAUGAGAAAGUCCUUGUGCGAUACCACCCGGGCUUGCGGACCAGCCAAUGCCCCGAUCCCCAUGCUGCGGUCGACCUCAUAAACCAGCUGGCUGUUGCUCUGUCCUGCUGCAAGCACUUGACUCCGUGCCAGUCUUUCCAUAUGGUUCACUGGCUUUACGGGUAUCUUCGCAGACACGGCGGGCCCGUGGAUCCGGAGUUCGUGCGGGCCAUGUAUCAUGCUGGUGUUGUCCGGUACCGUCGUGACGGUCGCCGUAUAUCACCCACUCAGUAUGAGUAUAUCCUUUGGAUCGUUGGCAAAUUUGAAAGUUCCGAGGUUAUUGAAGAGCUCACUGCCCUGCCUCAGAUUGGUGAGACGAGGCUUGACCGGUAG